CUGGUGUGUCGAAUGUGCAGGAUGUAAGCAGCAGGUAGUUCCCUCUUGGUAGAAGGGGAAAAAACAGAAGAUGCAUAAACUGCAUUUCAGCGGAGAGUCUAUGUCGGAAGCCUUGUCCAGCGAUGUCCAGGCACUUAAUAAACUCUCUAACCAGCAAUUUUCAGCAUUGACAGAAAUAAUCUUCCGCUUUGUUACAGAACCCACAGAGUCGGUGCGCUUAUUGAGUGAGCUCUGCGAGUUUGCGUCACAGAAUGGAAUGAGUUCAGGCCCAUUGAAAAAUAUAGUGAGAAGUGUCCUGUUGAUUCCUAAUGGUGCCUUGAAAAGAAAUUUGACAGCUGAACAUGUCAAAGCUGAUUUCAUUACUCUGGGACUAAGUGAAGAAAAGGCAGGAUGCUUUGCAGAUCAGUGGAAAUUUCAUUCGGCAGUACUAUCAAGAAUGGCACUAGGGCAAACAAUGACCGUCAAUCAGUUGGUAGAUAUGGAAUGGAAGUUUGGAGUAACUGCAGGGAGCAGUGAGCUUCAAAAAGUUGGUAGCAUAUUUUUACAGUUAAAGUUAGUAAUCAAGAAGGGGAACAAAAGUGAAAUUAUUUACAUGGAGUUGACUUUACCACAAUUUUAUAACUUCCUGCAUGAAAUGGAACAAGCCAAGAUGAGCCUUGAAUGUUUUGGUUAAAUUACUGCUUCAAUUUAAACAAAAGUCCUUUCUACUUGUCCAGAAAUUGCAUAUACAUUGACCUCUGAAUAGAAUCCAUUUGAUUUUUCUACUGUUCCAAUGAAUUAUUUGAUAACAUAGUUUAACUAUUAUCUAAAUCAAGAUAUUCUGUUUUUGAGAUAAGUGUUCAUUUUCUGCUUUGUCAUAAAUACUGUGUAAAUAAAAGUCAAUUUGAGAAUUUGCUGAGAGUGGAACUCUCAGUGACUCAGUCAAAGUGGAAUUUAGUUUAAUAUAUAGAAUUAAUAUUAAAACUAGUAAAAUAAAAACUGGAAGCUAUUAAACAGUUACUGUUUCAUAGCUGUCAAUUUGCUAUUGUGAUUGCCAAAAUAGUGGGUUAUCAUUGUGAACAAGAACUCUGAGUGAACUCUUGUAACUUAGGUGUGGCUCAAAAAGGUGUAUAAAAGAAAAACUUUAUCUGCUGGUACUCACUUCAGUUACUAUAAGCUGUAGCUAUUUUGUUCAAAAAUAAUAUCCGGUUCCCCGAAAUAAAAGAUGACUACGAUUAUCAAAAGUAUGCAUGUGAUGUCGCAAGGAUAAUAAUUGACGCAAGUCUUGCUCUAUAUGUCUGUUGGAGCUCUCCGUUAUGUUAAGGAUGAAAUAGUCAAAUAUUUAAUUAGUCAAUUAUACUGUAUAACAUAAUCUAAUUAAAUAUACAAUUAUGAAACGUAUAAAAGAAUUGAAUGUCCGAUGAGUCUCUAAUUUCCAGCUGGGAAUUGAAAACUAUUUCUUGUAUCUAACAAUGACUGUUUUGAUUUCCUGUUUGAAAUGAAUUAACUUGUAGGUUGGGUCGGCCGUAAGGAAGGCAAAUGCAAUGUUAGCAAUCACCUUGAGAGGACUAGAAUAUAAAAGCAAGGAUAUAAUUCUUGGGCUUUGUAAGGCAUUAGUCAGGCCACAUUUGGAAUAUUGUGAGCAGUUUUGAGCCCCUUAUCUAAGAAAAGAUGUGCUGACAUUGGAGAAGUUCCAGAGGAGGUUAUGAGAAUGAUUCCAAGAAUGGAAGGGUUAACAUAUGAGGAGUGUUUUAAUGGUGCUAGAUAGAGUGGCACAAUGUCAGCAUAGAGGGAUGUCCAUUUAGAAUAGAGAUGAGGAAAUUUUUCUUCAGUCAGAGGAUGUUGAAUCUGUGGAUUCAUUGCCACAGAUGGCUGUGUAGGCGAAGUCAUUAGUUAUACUUAAGGUGGAGGUUGGUAGAUUGUUGAUUAAUUGGGCAUCAGAAGUUACUGGAAGAAAGCAGGAGAAUGGAUGAUGGAUCAGCCAUGAUGGAGUGACGGAGCAGACUCAAAAGACUAAAUGGUCUAGUUCUGCUCCCAUGACAUACGAAUAUGAGUGACAUACUAACUUUGUCACUGAAUACAAAUACAUUUUAUGAUAAUAGAUGCAGACCCUGAAACAACUAAGACUGCUCACAUAAGGUAUUCCUGCCUGAUAAGUUAUUGCACUUUUGGUCUGCUUGAAGGUUUUCAGCCAGGGAGUCCACCAUUCUGUCUGUCUGGAACAUCUCAUAAACUAAAGUCCAGGAAUUACUUCUGCGUUGGACUUUAAUUAGACUAACCUUACAACCUUAGUAUCAAUGUAAAUUAAAACAUAUGGGACUGAUGUUAAAAUCAUGGUGUCAAUUGCACCUUAAAAACAUUUAACCUGGAUGUCUGUGUUAAAAGUUUACCUUUUGUAUCCAAGAGAUUCAUAUCAUAUUCUAGUGACAUGAAUCUCUUGGAUACAAAAGGUAAACUUUUAACACAGACAUUUUAAAGCACACAGUAUGUUUAUUGUAUAAAAAAAAUAAGUUUAAAAUCCAAAUUUUAUCCAGGUUAUUUUAUUUUGUAAUUUUUUUGAGGUGUAAGCAUUUUUUGAUUAAUUACACACCUAUCAGUAAAACAAUUUUGAAUUUCUGGUUCAUCAGUAACGUGAAAUAAGGAAAAAACAAAUCCAGAGCAGUGAAUGCAUUUUUUUUUCAGUUGUGCUGCGUGGGGGAGGGGGAAACUGCCUUUCAUUACAGAUUAUACCCUUUCCUGCAUGCUGUUGGCAGAUGAUAAAUUCUUUUUGGAUGCUUAAUUGCUUCUCUGGAACUGUGACACAUGCUAUGACUGACUACAUAAUAAACCUCCCAUCCCCCUUUCCCCAAUCACACGAUUCCUGCAUGCUAUGUGUAUACAACCCAUCAUCCACCAGCAUAAAGAUUUAAUAUUUUAAUUUAUUGCUGUCUACAAAGCAAACAAAUCAGUUAAUUUUUAUUCAACAUAAAUUAUGCAACCUGAUGUAUAAUCUUAAUUCUAAUAAAUUCAGAAAGACGAAUUAGAGUCGCAGCUGUAAAGAUUAGUGCUGUACAGAUGAGCAUUAUCAAUAAA